AUGCAUACGGAACCUGCAGACUGCAGGGCUGCAACUGACAUCCAGACCGCCCGCGGCUUCUAUAUCUGGACAGCGCUCUGGUCAGGGCGCAAGCGGUGUACCCGCCUAUCAAGGCAACGACUGUUGGUCCUUCAUUACACCAAGAUGAUCGCCGGCCGGCAGGAAGGCUUGGCAGUAGCUCGGUGUGCCGCCUCCGAGAACCAGAAACAUGGCAUGAUUUUGAAAGGCAAAAAGGCGCGAGACGAGCUACAAUGGGGCAACACAAGCGCGGCUGAUGACGGCAUCUGGGCCUCUGCCAAAACAACGAAAAUAAAAGACGUGUCCUUGUAUCUUGCUGCGACGGACGUGAUGAGACCCUGUCUUCUAGUCACAUGGUUUAUCGGUCCUGCGGCCUCAGGAGAAAUCAUGUGGGGACUCAUACCUCAAGCAACGCCUCUGUGGAGGUUUGAUGAAAGACAGAACAGAACUUAUCGGAAAACAACGGUUCCGUUGCCUUUUCUCGCCUUUGCUCCCGUAUCGGGAAUGGGCGCUGUUGCAUCAACAGGAAGGGCCCACGACGCACAAUGUGACCAGACAGAGACUUCCACUCACGGCAUCAUGCCAGUUUCUGACCUUGAUCAGCAGCGGCGCCCGCAGUGGAUCGAAGAGUCUUUGGUGCCAAUCUGCAUUAGCGUCGCUGGGAAGGAGAACUCGCUGCAGGUCUUGUUGGCGCCUUGUGUGGCUUGUGUCGAGGACACGAGAUGGUCUCCAAAUGCGAUGAGUCCCUUAUCGUGGCAGCGCCUUGACAAGUGCGAAGAGUCGGAGCCACCUGCUCGGGACGGCCCCAGCGAGUGCUUUGUACACUCCGAUCCCUCGCAAAGUUUCAAGGUGACUCGCGAGGGAGCUUGUCGUCGUCGUCCGGGGGUGCGUUUUCUUCACGCCCCGUGGAUCGAAAUUGAAAAGGCCCACGAGCCCACGCUACGAUCCGGACCGACCGGACCAAAAACCUGGAUCGGGUUCGAUUUGCCCUGCCCUAGCAAACUUGCAGUCUUUGUUUCUCAAAAUCUCUGUGAAUUUCCUGAUUCGUCUCCCAAAAGUCCAACGAUGACACAGGCCAGCGUUGUUGUCUCUUGUCGCGUCUUCUACCGCGCCGCCGCCCACCGACCCGCCCCUCUGGGCCACCCCAGCUGGUUGACCCUUGAAUGA